AAGACGCGGCCCUACCUUCUCUUGUAACCGUUAGAUAGACGUGAUGGAGGAGACGUGCCAGAUGGACAUGAGUGCCAUGGAGCAAAGGACUGUAUGUGUUAAGGAGAAGGAGGACAGUGAAUGGGAGUAUGCCCACCCUGAAGACCAGCGUCCUUGCAUUAAGGAGGAGGAUUAUGGACAUUGGACAGUGGGCAUUAAGGAAGAGAGUGACCUGAAGGUUGUUAUCAUUGACAUGGAAAAAUAUAAAAGCACACACUGGAUCAAGGAAGAAAACCAGCAGUUGGGGGCCACCUUUCAGUCUGAAGGUCAAGAUGGAGGUGGGCCAGGAUUUGUCUCCACUCAGAGUAGAAACUGUGCUUUCCUGGACCAUCCUGUCCGCGUCAAGUCUGACAUUUGCUCUCAGCCGUCAUCUGCAGAUCACUUUGGAGAAGAUACCCUGGACAUUCCCAGUUUUUCCCUUCAGCCAACACCACAUGAUGAAAGUAUGAAGUGGACGUUGGGACCAGAAAGUUUGACACCAGAGUCUCUGCAGUUUAGUGCUCUGCCUGCUGUGAAGCGAAGACGGAGACUUGCAAUUAAUGGUCAACAACAGAAACACAAUACAAACUCAGAGGGUGCGAAUGUCCGCAAAGGGCAAAGGAAAGGUACAAAAAGAAAGCCUAAAGGGAAAGGCAAAGGCAGUCAGUCUGCCCGUAAGGCUCAAAAGCCCUAUAUGUGUUCAGAGUGUGGAAAAUGCUUUUUAAAAAGGACCGUCUGGAGGCCCAUUGCACACGAUUUCAUACUGGAGAGAAGCCAUAUUGUUGUUCUGAAUGUGGUAAGCAGUUCACUUGCAAGAGCCAAUUUCAAACACAUUCUCGAACUCACACCGGAGAGAAGCCGUAUGGCUGUACUGAAUGUGGGAAGCGUUUCAAUAUCAAGGGCCAUCUUCACAGGCACUCUCGCGUUCACACCGGGGAGAAGCCGUAUUGCUGUGGUGUGUGUGGGAAACGAUUCUCUGACAGGCGCACUUUGGAAAGUCAUUCUACAGCUCACACGGGAGAGAAGCCGUAUGCCUGUACCGAAUGUGGAAAACGAUUCUCUUACAGAUGCAGUCUUCAGAAACACUCUUUGAUUCACAGCGGCGAGAAACCAUAUUGCUGUUUUGAAUGUGGGAAAAGCUUCUCGGUCAAGGGUCAACUGCAGACACACUCUCGAGUUCACACUGGAGAGAAGCCAUUUUGCUGUACUGAAUGUGGCAAGCGAUUUGCUGAGAAGCGCAGUCUUAUCGAUCACUCUACAACUCACACUGGAGAGAAGCCGUACUGUUGUCCUGAAUGUGGCAAAAGAUUCUCCCACCGAGGCAGCCUUCAGAGUCACUCGACAGCUCACACCACAGAGACACCGUACUGCUGCGCAGAAUGUGGUAAAAAGUUCAAAAAAACGAGCAUCCUAAAGAGCCACGCGAGGAUCCAUACUUCAGAAACGCCCUACGGCUGCUCUGAAUGUGGGAAGAAAUUCUCCCAAACGAGCGACCUGCGGAGACACUCUGCGAUUCACCUUGGCGAGAAGUCGCACAGCUGUUCAGAAUGUGGCAAAAAGUUCUUUUUCAAGAGCAGCCUUCAGACCCACCUAAAGGUUCACACCGGAGAGGACCUCUAUUUCUGCUCCGAAUGUGGGAAACAAUUCACACUUAAGAGCCAGCUGGACAUCCACACAAGGGUUCAUACUCGUGGGAAACUGUACGGCUGUUCUGACUGUGGUAAAAGGUUCUCACGACAGGGCGAGCUGCGGAGACACUCCUCAGUUCACACCGGAGAGAACCGCUUUGGCUGCACUGAAUGUGGCAAACAUUUCUAUCGGCAAAGCAGCCUUCAGAAGCAUUCCCUACUUCACACCGGAGAGAAGCCAUACUGCUGUUCUGAAUGUAACAAACGAUACUCGCGAAUGAACCAGCUUGAGGCCCACAAGAGAACCCAUGCCAGAGAGAAGUCCUCAGACCCCUAAGACGUCAGAGCUGUGCAAUAAAAGAACAAAACGCCAGAAAACGGCAUCAGAGCAAAAUCACCAGACUGGUGCCAGUGGGAGCCACAGGUUCACUCGGAAGAAUUGUCCUGAUAACCGGCCAGAGGACUCGGUAAUACUGAGGACAAUGCUGGUCCUGCGAGGAGCCCACACAGCAAUUUGAAGCGAACAGAAAGACAAGAAGAUGCCACAAUUAACAAGCGAGGUUCACUCCUGUGGUGAGCUGAAA